AGCUAAUCCGACAUCGUCGAAUAUCUGGUGCCGCGUUUGUGUUUAUUAUUAUUUUUAUUUGCAAUUUUACGGAUAAAUAUCAUUGAGAAAUGAGGUUUCCACCUCUAGGACAUUCGGGGUGGGGGUCUUGUCUCCGGGUCGACUGAGGAUCAGCUGUUCGAGGCUGGUAUCGGGGAGGAAGUGAUGCAGGGACAUGUCCAUAAUGAAGCUCCACUCAAUGACUAAAAGGGGAAGCACAAAGAAAUGGGCUGCUGUUGUCUGUGAUGGUCUUUAAACUCGCGUGGAGAGAAACAGCCGAGGAUCUGAAGGACGCGCCUUGAUCGUAAACUACUUGUUCAUAAAAUCGGCCGUGGGCAGACAUCGAUGUGGAAGUUUUUGCCAAUUGCUAGUUAGCACAUCGAAGCUAUCCAUCCGAGUUAAGGCGACGAGUUUUGUCUUAGUUCAUUUUGCUGGAAAUCGACCCCAGUUAUUCUUCAUCAAGAACCCCCACUGGUGUACUGAAAGCAAUGAGUCCACACAUCUUCGCGAAAUAUAUUUCCAAACUGCACUGCGGAUGUCAAGGUCACGAUGACGGAGCUGAAUAGAAUGACACUUUAAUCUGUGGCAAAUGUCAACUGGCAGGGCUAUCUGGUUGGAUCGUGGCGUAUUUGGCACAGGCCUGAGGGUAUGUUGAGACGUCUGGGGAGACUAGAACAGAGGCGUCUUGGAGCUACAGACGGCGACUGAAGGGGAGGAGGACUGGGUAACAAGGGACCACGUUGAAAGACAUGGGCCAGUGUGUCACCAAGUGUAAGAAUCCGACGUCUUCACUCGGCAGCAAGAGUGGAGACAAGGACAGCAGCUCCAAGUCUCACCACAAGAAAAGUUCAAGUACUGGCACCAGUGUGAGUCACAGAGAAGAGCCCAGCGGCCUGUGCAGUAAACCCCCCAAUGAGCUGUCUAACGGCACCAAGGCCCUGGAGGUGAUGGUUGAGACACCAGUCAUUCCUGCAGUAACAGGCGAACCAUGCAAAGAAGAGUGUUUGGUCUUGGACGGUUUGUCGAUGAAGCACAUUGAGGAGCUGUUCUGCUGCUACAAGGAUGAACAGGAGGAUGCGAUCCUGGAGGAGGGUAUGGAGAGGUUCUGCAAUGACCUGCGUGUUGACCCAGCAGAGUUUCGUGUGCUGGUUCUUGCCUGGAAGUUUCAAGCAGCCACCAUGUGCAAGUUUACAAGGAAGGAGUUUGUUGAUGGCUGCAAGGCCAUCCAAGCAGACAGCCUUGAAGGCAUCUGCUCUCGCUUUCCCUUCAUGCUCCUUGAGGCCCAGGGUGAAGAGAACUUCAAGGAUCUUUAUCGUUUUACCUUUCAGUUUGGCCUGGAUGCUGAGGAAGGCCAGCGCUCGCUGCAGCGCGACAUCGCCAUCGCACUGUGGCGCCUGGUUUUCACUCAAGACACGCCUGCCGUCCUCGAGCACUGGCUGGACUUCCUGGCUGAGAACCCCUCAGGUGUCCGGGGCAUCUCAAGGGACACGUGGAACAUGUUUCUGAACUUCACCCAGACGAUUGGGCCGGACUUGAGCAACUACAGCGAGGAUGAAGCCUGGCCCAGCCUCUUUGACACAUUUGUUGAAUGGGAGCUAGAACGUAGGAAGAGGGAGGAACUAGAGGCCACUAAGCCUACAGAGGAGGAGGGCAGGUGUACUGAGAUGGAGUACUCGCCCUCCACAGACCGAAGAGGAACAGAGGGAAGCAGGGGAUCACAGACGUGGGGUGGUCACUGACCAGAGAACUCUUGGAAAAGAGAGAAAGGCUGCUUUUAAGCGAACUGUGAAUGAUGGAUCUUAGUAUUCGGAUUACAGCAGGUCAUUUCUCUCCUUUUUAGAUUGGAUGGGAUUUAUGCUUUGCUAUGAUUAUGUUUUUGAAAGGGCUAUAAAAACGUGUGUUUUAAGCACUUUUAUUUAAGUUAUUGUUUUAUUUCUUUCUCCUCGUGCGUGUCUGGUGAUUAGACAUGUGGUCUGUUAUAAUUGACACCAACUUACCGCAAUCCAGGAAAGUUGGCUCCUGAAGCAGCAGAAAAGCCAUAACAUUUUCGCCAUUAGUAUUUUGAGAUUAUUGAUCUGGAUGACAAUGGACAACGCUGACCUUUUUUUUUUUUUUUAAACAAAGUUUAUAACUAAAAGGGAAUGAGAACGAGCUGUCUUCAAAUUACGUGCUUCUCACCAAAACACCAGAUUCGAUUCAGAGAUGGGAGCAAUUACGCCAUCGUGGCUGGGAUGAAAAUGUGUUGGAGAUUAAUUGGUUUCACUUCUAUUGCCUUCACCACUGAUGGCCUGUGGUCACAUGGCAAUAUGUACUACUAUUCUGUCCAAAGGGCAUUUAACCUUGUGCGAAAAUGCAUUAAUAUGAUUAUCAUUUUGUUAUUCCUAGAUAUUAUAUCAAACUUUAUUUCCGCCUGAUAAACAUUCUUUUGCAGCAGCAAGCAGCUUUAUCUACUAUCUGCUGUGCUCCAUUGUGACCACUACCCUCUAGCGUUUUUUAAUGUCCAGUUGUUUUCAAGGUUCAUUUGUGAGACAACCUAAUAUUCACUCCGUGUUAUUUUUGGAUAAAACUGUAUGGCACCAAAUCAUGCAAAUCAAGGUCUUGAUCAUUUCAGGACAGAAGCAAAAUUAAGAUCUUACAUUCAGGAUCGCUACACUGAGCUUUUGGCGAAGCAUCACAUUGUUUACCUCCUGAUACUUGUGAAAACGUGGGCACACUCACAUAUAAUGUUGACUUGUGGUGUGGUGGUUGUGACAGAUUGCACAAAACGGGGACAUGCAGGGCCGCUAUAUUUUGCAGAAAUUGAUGUCCACUCACUGCUUUAUUUGAAUUUUCAUAACUGUACACUGAUUCUAAGUCUGGCUGAGGAUGUGGGAUUGAAUAGUCGAGUGAUAUGGGUCCGGAGUGAUGGGUUUACAUCAAUGAUGGUUUUAUUUCAGACCCCUCUAAUCUUUUUAUAUAAAAUGUAUUGAUUUAUUAUAAAUAAAACAGUGUUGAACAUUU